AUGACGAACUACGGCGCCAUUCCGACGUCGUCUCAUGCGUCUCCGGUGGUGGAUCUCGAGUCCAACUCAAGCCCCGAGCAAUGUAUCCAAGCCGGACUCCCCAUACGCCGUCCAUGGAGAUUAAUGUUCGAUUUCCACUCCAUGGGGCUUCCACGCGGCGUCUCCGAUGCUUUCUCCAGAGUCAAAACGAAUUUUGAAUACUUCCGGCCGAAUUACGUGAUCGUCGUAUGCAUCGUCAUGUUGAUCUUCAUCUUCGUUGGUCUCAUCAAGCAUCCGAUCUCGUUUAUCCUUUUCACCGUAUUGAUCUUCGUAUGGAUCCUCUUCUUCCUCCGUGACGAGCCUAUCAGGUUGUUCCAUUAUCAGAUCAACGAUCGGGCGGUCAGGUUUUGCUUAACGUUGCCAACCGUCGCUCUCCUCGUGUUGACCAACGCGACGUACAACUUCUUUGGGGCGUGGUGGAUCGGAGUUGUGCUGGUUUUGAUCCAUGCGGUGGUUAGGAAGACGGAGGAUCUCUUCUUGGAUGAAGAGGCGGCGGAGACGACUCUCUGUUCGCCGGCGAUUAUUAACUCCGUCAACUUCGCCGCCGUCCAGAGAAAAAUGGCGAACCACCAACCGUACGAUCCCUACUGCGUCUAUCAUCCUCACUCUCAUCCCCAUCCUUUCCCGCCGCCGCUGCCACAGUUCUCCGACGAACCUGGGGCUAUUAACACCCUCUUUGUCUCUGGCUUGCCUGACGACGUUAAGGCUCGUGAGAUCCACAAUCUCUUCCGUCGCCGUCCUGGAUUCGAGUCUUGUCAGCUCAAGUACACUGGCCGCGGCGACCAGGUUGUUGCAUUUGCUACAUUCUCGAGUCAUCGAUUCGCUAUGGCUGCAAUGAACGAGCUGAAUGGUGUGAAAUUUGAUCCUCAAACAGGAUCAUCUCUACACAUAGAACUAGCUAGAUCAAACUCUAGAAGAAAAAAAAGACCAGGAAGCGGGCCUUAUGUUGUAAUUGAUAACAGGAACAAGAAACCGUCUAAAUCUCAGCAAGACCAGAGUGAUGAAGAGGAAAGCGAUCCUGAUGAGGCCCAGGAACCUGGAAAUAGCGAUUCUCCAAAGGAAAAUAAUAAUGCCAAAAGCGAAGAGGACUCUGAUUCAGAUAGUAAAGCACCAUCAGCUAAUGAACACUUGGGAAAAGCAUCUGAAGUAGGUUCUGCUGCUCGACCAUGUUCGACCUUGUUUAUCGCUAAUCUAGGGCCUAAUUGUACUGAAGAUGAACUUAAACAACUCCUAUCUAGAUAUCCUGGUUUCAAUAUCCUAAAAAUCCGAGCAAGAGGUGGAAUGCCAGUUGCAUUUGCUGAUUUUGAGGAAAUGGAACAAGCUACUGAUGCCAUGGAUGAUCUUCAAGGGAACCUCUUGUCGUCGUCAGACCGAGGCGGCAUGCAUAUAGAAUAUGCAAGAUCGAAGAUGAGGAAACAGUAGAAAGGGUUCUCAGAACCACAGAGCCUCGAUUUUGAAAUAGAGAAUCUGGUCGGUUAAUGUACCACCACACCACAGGCCAAUGGUAUAAUACUCUUCUCAAAAACGGAUUUAGAGAUCAAAAGAAAUGAGAUCUUUGUAUUUUCUUAUUUAAUUCUCUCCACUUGCUGUUUGUUGUCAUGAAAAUGUAUCAUCUUCUAUGCUGAGUAAAAAAAAAAGAAAUAUAUGUGUAUAGUGUUAUUAAGAUCUCUAAAAUGUUAUGCUGGACAGUUCAUAUGCACCUAGAGGAUUUUAGAUAGGGAGAAUCAAGAUCUUGAUCUUGUCGUGGUCCAGUGAACGUCAUUUAGUCACUGCCCC